AUGUACGCAAGGCGUCGAGGUGGUGGUCCCGGAAAUGGGUACAGACCUAAUGGGAUGGGAAUGGGCAGGCUGGCGGCUGCCUCCCGAAUUUCACCUGAAGGUUCAAUUAGAGGUCAUCAGAUGUAUAAUUCUGAAUAUAGAAACUAUAAUCGCAGUGGCUAUGGACGCGGUGGCCACUCAAAGCCCUUCCAGUCACCCUUCCCGCCUCCGCAUGAUACUGAUAUUUUUAUGGAAGCUGGUAGGCUAGCGGCUGAAUAUCUAGUUACUAAAGGGAUCCUGCUUCCAAAUGCACUUCCAGGGAAGUGGCAAAAUGGUGACUGGAAGAACCAGAUGGGGGAUUUUAUGCAGAUUCACGUGGACAGUCGUACAUCAGCUCAUUCCCGUUUGGGGACUGAUGCUGCUGAUGUAGGUCCUGGCAGGAGAAGGUAUCCUGAUGAAUAUAACUCGAUGGGGUCAAAAAAUUCUAUGAGAGGGAGGAGAAGAACUGGGUCCUCCAAAAAUCAAGUUUCUGAUUGGAACCCAGAAUUUGUGAGGAGUGAGUCGUGGUCUGAUAAGGGUAGGACUUCCCCAGGUAUGGAGGCUGACACUAAUAUUUCUGCUGGACUUCAGGAUGAGCAGCCUGUGCAAAAAGACAGUGAUACUGGAGUGCAGAAUUCUUCUGCCGGCAAGUUAACUCAAGAGAGUGACAGUAUGGCUGAUCUUCAGUCGGGCUUAGAUGAAUGCAAUUUAGCUGAUGAUGCAGGUGCAAAACAAGGUUCUUUUAGCAAUGAGAAGGACGUCCCAUCAAAUGAUGAUGUCAAAACACCCAUCAAAAAGUCAGAUGGUACUACUAUGUCCAAUGAAGAAGCUGAGGAGGAUAAAGAAGGGAGAAGUGAUAGUGUAAUGGAGCAAAAACAUGAUGAGAAUAUGGAGGUCACAGCUUCUUUACAGGAGGGCAAUUUAGCAAGCGAGAAAAAAGUUGACUUGAUGAGGUACUGCAAAUUUGCAAGUGUUCCUACUAAGACUCGUUCUUCGUUGGCAAUUAGGGGUUCAAAGGUUGACCUGGAUCCCAAUGCUGAGGAUGAGACCAUUAAUGAGAGCAAACUUUCUGAAGACUCUGGCAUCCAAGUCAUAGAUGUUCCUGUUGAUGGUUCCGCUCUUAAUGCUUCACCUCAUAAAAGCCAUGAAUCAAGCAGCCUCUCUAACGUUCUGAAAGCUCCAUCAGUGGAGGAAGAACUGGGUGCUGCAUACACUUCAAGGCCAGGGCACUUCUUGAUGUCUGGAUCUUUUCCCGUGAGAUCUGUAAUUAAUCAGCAAGAAAUAGAUGGGGGGCUUCCUGGAUUUGGAAGCAGCAAUCCCAUGUUGUUGGAGAGAGGUGAAAAACGACAACUGGGGGAUGACAUUGAUGAUUGGGAGAGAGGUGAAAAACGACAACUGGGGGAUGACAUUGAUGAUAAGGAUGGAACUAAAAGACCUAGGGAAUGGACUCCUCCAGUGGAGAUUCAGUCUGAUGGCUGCCUGUCCCUUUCCAACUCAAUGGAAAAUCAGCAUACUUCAGAAGAGCCAAGGUCUUCACAUAGUGAUCCUGCUGCAACUUUGUUUACUGAUAAGAGAAGUUCAGAUAUUUCACUGUUUCAUGAAAGUCGCGUAGAGUUAAGUGAGUACACAGAAGAAAAGCAGCUAUUUCCUGGUUCAUUUAAGACGUGCGACCUUAAUCUCAUAGAAACUUCUGACGUGAAUGAUAACCAUGCUGCUGAUCCUAUUCUUAUGUUUCGGUCUAUUACGGAAACUGGAAGACAAGCAGCACCUGUAGAUAUUGAUUUGACCAUGAGUAGUAAUAAUUCCAAUGUUCCUAAUAAAUAUGGUAAACGUGGAGUUGGUGAUAAAGACAUCGAAGUGAUUGAUUUGGAAGAUGAUUCCAUGCAAGAAGACAAGACUUUUACUAAUGCCGAGAGAAGGGCAGAUCCUGUAUUUAAUGGGCUGGACAACUUUCCUGAUAAUGUACAUAAUGUGACUGAGAUUCCCGACCAUCAAGACAGUUAUGGACUUCUGAUAUCAGAUUAUCUCAGAAAUGAUUCUGUUCCCACAGAUCUGAAUGCUCUGCACAAUGAUAUGGGCCUUCAUAAUGGACAGGGGAUUCUUGGUGAAGACGAUUCAAUAUACAUGUCCUUGGGAGAAAUACCGAUAAGCUUUCUCAGGCCGUGGGAGUAG